AUGAAGGCGUUCGAGAACAAGUCUUUCACGCCAACCGACUCCCGUUUGCACGCGACUUUGUCUGUCCCAACACCGGUUGAAGCGGAAUCAUCAUUUUCAAUGAUGAUUUUGUGCAAGUCCGCUGUUGCGACUUUUUCCAUCGCAACAAUUUUGGACUGCCUUGCUUCAACUGACCAACCUGCCAAGUGGAUCACUGGGAAGACUGUCUGCCGGGAUUUCCGCAAAGUCAAGAACGUGGGGAUCAGCUUUACUUGCACUGAUCGCGAGUGGGUCACUCAACUCGGUGGAAUCAAGGUCAACAUUUGUGGAAGAACCUUUCAAAUCCUCAAGUACUCCGUGUUUUCGCACUUGUACUGGAUCGAUGUGACUCUUUCGCAAGACGCCACGGCGGAGCAUCUUUGGAAUUAUUUCAAUUCCAUGGGAUCCCGCCCGGUUCUCAUCAAGCCAACUUUUUGCAAAGGUUCCAUUGCCUCUCAUGCCUUGACGGUAUAUUUUUCGACCAAGGAAGUUCCUGCAUGCCUUUUGCUUGGCCCAGAAGACCCUGUUCGCGAAAUCUACCCCAUGGGAAGCCAUCAAGCCCCAUGCUUUGUGAACCACCGGAUUGCGCGGUUCAACAAAAAGCCACCACCAUCAAUUGCGGCCAAGGUUUCAACAAAUCAAGCUGCAUCCAAGACCAAGGCAUCUCCAACUCAAGUUGCGAUUAUUCCUACGAAUGCUCUAUCGACAACUCCACUUGAAGACCUUCCAACGCCUUCGGCAAAUGGGAAUUCAACUCAAGACCUCCCUUUGGAUGAAUCCAUCGACAUUGUCAUGGAUUCAGACAUUUCCGCAGUUUCGGAAGAAAUUCUCGCAGUCGAAGCGCUGCCUCGAAACAAGACCAAGGAAGACACGGAAAUGGAAUCCGAAUUUUCAUCGAGCAGCGGCUCUGAAAAUUCGGAAAAUCCUCCCGAUUUCCCUGAAUUGAUUUUUCGACCCAACCUGCUUGGAGAAGACUUGUCUGCCAUGCAAACUGGCAUCGAAUUCAAUUCUCCAGAGCAAUGGCCAUGGGAAACAAAUACGUCCAGCCCCAACAACUCCAACUUGUCGAAGUCAACUCAAGUGAAGACCACGACUGCUUGA